AUGUCCUUCAACCUCUUCGCCGUCUGCACCGGUAGGGCCAGUCACUUCAUCGUCAACUCAGCGAUCAAUCCGCUCAGGUCGGUCCGGCUUACCGUUCGCCAAUUCAGCGUAACGAUCAAUCGAGCCUCUCACAUUGGCUCAAAGCCUAUCGACAUCCCACCGGAAGUUACCCUUUCAUUCUCAUAUCCCCUGCGUCCCCGAACGUCAAACUCGGCUAUCCCUUAUGGCUACCCGCAAGUUUCUGUGAAGGGGAAACUCGGGAAAUUGGAUAUCGAUGUCCUUCCGUUUGUCACAUUCACUUUCGAAAGUCCAACGACCAGUCGAGUCCUCGGAGCCGAUCUCGAACCCACCCCGCUCGCCUCACCCAGAAAAUUUGUUUCAGAAGCACCUCCACAAGUUCCACAGGAUGUGAUCUCUGGCCCGGGCCUCUUGAAGGUCGCCGUCGAGGAUGCAGCGGCGAAGAAACAGCGCGGGAUUUGGGGCUUGACUCGGGCACUCAUGGCGAACGCCGUCCAUGGAGUCACUGAGGCCUUUACAUCAUCCCUCGAACUAGUUGGCGUCGGAUAUCGAGCAUCUCUCGAAGAUAUUCCUCCGCACCCCAACGAACCAGCUGACUCUCAACCGAAACGACAGCGGCUCAACCUUCGAGUGGGCUACUCUCAUCCGGUACUCAUCAACUUGCCGGACUCGGAUACAUUCCUCUCUUGCGAAGUACCUUCGCCGAAUAGGAUUCUACUCAAAGGCAUCGACAAGCAAGAACUUGGAUUACUAGGUGCAGGAAUACGGAAAUGGAGACCUCCAGAGCCCUACAACGGUAAAGGUAUCUAUUUGAAUCAAGAAGUGAUUAAGAGGAAGGAAGUCAAAAAGAAAUAG